UUUCUGAAAAUAAAGUGAGUGUUAUGUGAAUUACGUUCCCACCAGUUUCAGAAGAAUAUCUUUAACCACUCCCCCAGAAGGGCUUUUAGGGUUUAAGAAUAGUAUUAUCACUCACUCUCUCUUCACAUUUCUUUUUCCAGUUCUAAUUCCUGCAAUCAAAAUCAGAAAUUUGGAGAACUAGUAUGUGGGCAGUUCGCAGAGCCUCCAUACAUCUCAGCUUUUGCUUGGAUUUUGCUGGUGCCAAGGAACGGAAUCGAGGAUUAAGUUCAGGGACUGCUCGAGUUUGCUGUGGGAAAUCGGAAAUAGCAAGAUGGUGUUUGGAAAAUUAUAAUGCUGGAAUAACUAAACCUCAAGGAAAACUAUGUGAUGGGUUGCUAUCUUCUAAAAGAUUUUACAAUACACAAUCAAGCUGUUCGAAGUCACAGAGUGAAAUUCGCAAUUUUUCAUCGAAGGCUGGUGCUAGAAACAGUGAGCAGGAAGAUGAUGACUUGGAGGAUGGUUUUUCUGAUCUUGAAAAGCCUAGCUACGUGGCUCAAGAAUCAACUUCUGGAGAUGAAAGUGAGAGAGAUGAUGAUCUGAUCUCUAGGUCAGAGCUUUCUGAAGAGGAGGAUGUUGCUGAAGACACACAGAAUGAAUUGGAGGUAUUGGGUACUGAAACCGAUGUUGAAGAGAAAAAAUCACCCAAAAUUUCUGCAAUGACUAAGGCUAUCCUAGAUGCUCCUGCCUCGUCAGUUAGCACGGUUUUGGAUAAAUGGGUUGAAGAAGGAAAUGAAGUGACCCAAAUCGAAGUAUCAUUAACCAUGUUUCAGCUUCGGAUACGGCGAUUCUUCACCAAGGCCUUACAGCUGUCAGAAUGGGUGGAGUCAACAAGACAUCUUGAAUUUAAUGAGAAGAAUUAUGCUUCUCGUCUGGAUUUAAUUGCUAAAGUACGUGGUAUCUCUAAGGCCGAAGAAUACCUUAAGCAGAUUCCUAAAUCCUUUAGAGGCGAAAUAGUUUACCGCACCCUGCUGGCGAAUUAUGUUUCUUGUACAAAUGUGAAGAAAUCUGAGGAGUUGUUCAACAAGAUUAAAGAAUUGGAAUUCCCUAUGUCAUGCUUUACUUACAAUCAGAUGCUAAUUCUGUACAAGAGGGUUGACAAGAAGAAAAUUGCUGAUGUUCUUCUAUUAAUGGAGAAGGAGAAUAUCAAACCAACAAUUUUCACUUACCAGAUUCUGAUUGAUGUGAAAGGGCAAUCUAAUGACAUAAUCGGGAUGGAACAAAUUGUUGAGACACUGAAGGCUGAAGGGCUGGAACCUAAUAGUAAAAUUCAGACAUCGCUGGCACGGUACUAUGCUAUUGGUGGCUUAAAAGAUAAAGCUGAGGCUAUAUUGAAGGAGAUGGAAGGAGGUGAUAUAAAGAAAAAACGUAGAGUUCGUUAUUUGCUGCUCCCUAUUUAUGCUUCCCUUGGAUGGGAGGAUGAAGUUGAACGAAUCUGGAAAGUUUGUGAACCUAAUCCACAGGUGAGAGAAUGCAUGGCAGCUAUUGAAGCUUGGGGGCAGCUCGAGAGAAUUGAGAAUGCUGAGGCGGCCUUUGAUAAACUGUUGGAAAAAGUGAAGAAGCCCACUUCAAGGCAUUUUGCUGCUCUGAUGAAGGUCUACACAGACAACAAGAUAUUGGCGAAAGGAAAGGAUCUCGUGAAGAGAAUGGCGGAUAGUGGCCUCAGAGUUGGGCCACUGGCUUGCAAUGCUGUUGUGAAGCUUUAUGUCAGGGCUGGGGAAGUGGAGAGAGCGGUAUCUAUACUCAAUAAGGCUAUUAAACAGAAAACAGGUAGACUGUUAUUCUCUUCUUACCUCACUAUCAUGGAUAAAUACGCGGAUAGAGGGGAUAUACACAGCGCGGAGAAGAUAUUCCUAAUGAUGAGACAGGCAGGGUAUACUGCACGCCUCCAGCAAUAUCAAUCCCUCCUCCAUGCCUAUAUAAAUGCCAAAGCUCCAGCUUAUGGGUUCAGUGAUAGGAUGAAAGCUGAUAACAUUUUCCCAAAUAAAGCAUUGGCCAGUCAGCUCGCUCGAGCCAAUGCUUUUAGAAAGUCUGAGUUGACUGAGUUGCUGGAAUGAGGAAACUAUGGGGUUUUGGGGGGUCACUACUUGAAUUUGCUAGAAUACAAACGAAGGUAAGAUAGUUGCAGGAUGAAAGUUGUUUCAUUCUGGCUCUGUCGUUUGUUUCCCAGUUGGACGACACUUUAUCCCUUGAAUUAUAUAUUACCCUGCGCUCUUCUAUUCUUUACUCGCA